AGGAGGAGGGUAGGUGUCGAUAUCACAGUCGGAGAGGAGCCGAGGAUGAGCCAGCGGAUCGUAGGCUCGGAGGAGGCCGAAACCUGAGAGAAUCGGACAGCCGCGGACCAGCGAUGCCGCAACUCGUGUGCAGCAACUCCCUGAGUCCCGGCACCCGUUGAGCCGUCGUCCUCGCUUCCGAAAGGCCUCGCAGUCAGGCCGGCCCGAGUGAUGCUGAAGCACAUUCUGACGGGGCAACCGUCGUCGAACGCCGGCUCCAGGCUGCACCACCACAAUGAUUAUCUCCAGGCGGCCGGUGCUGCGCCCGUGACGUCGGCAGCUGCGGCCGCCGCCGCCGUUGCCGCCGUCGCUCAGCGCGAUCACUUCCAUCCGCAGCAUCAGCAUCAGCACCCUCACGGAGUGGGUCAGCAGCGCACGGCCCGAGCCCAGAGCAGCGCCGACGUCUACGAAAGCGUCAAUCAUACGGUCGGGCAACGCGCCGCGCCCCAAUUCCAGAGUCAGCGUCACCCCCUCAACCACUCGCAGCUCAGUGUCAACAAUCUUGCCCAGAGGUUGAACGCCAGUCACCAUUCCCACGUGCUUAAUCUCUCGACCCUGUCGACUUCGAAGCACUCGGUGAACAGUGCGAGCCCCGUCGUUGGUACCAGCCACGGCAAUUGCGCCGAUCGCCGAGCCAACCUCAGCAGCAGCAACAACAGCAACAACAGCAGCAGCAACAAUUGCAGCAUCAAAAUCAGAACCAGAGUCAGAACGCAAUCGCCCUUAGAGCGCGAUCGUUCCAAAGUUAACGGUGGCCUCGACAUAUCGAGGACCUCGAGGCUCACUAAUCGAGCGACGCCUUCGCCCUCAUCAGCCGCGAAUGGCCUCGGUCAGGCCACCUGUCCCACGGCUACGACGUCUACAGGACCAAGCAUCGUGCCCCUCAAUGUCUCCUGGUCCACGUCGUCGCUUACGCGCAAUCAGAAGGGCCUCGAGGCCGGCGUCAAAGAGAUGCUCACGAGCCUCGGGCUUCUCUGCCUCGUAUCGCUGCUACUCGCAUUGCUCUCUCUCACCUUCCUUAUCAGGAUGUCGUCGGUCUCGUUCGUGCCCAACAGCCUCAUCAGCCCCGAAGAGUUCGCCAUCGUUUACGAUGUCACACUUGUGCUCUGUGCACUCGCGCUUUCGCUCAACUUGUGUUGCCUCCUCGUCUGCGCCAUUCAGUUCCUCUUCGCCGUCAAGCUCGUCAAGUCUUCGUAUCAUGGACACCGGACAAACAAGUACCUGCAGAAAUCGUCGAUCAGCCGAGUCUGCGCGGUCGGUGGUUUUUUCAUAAGCAUUCCAGUCUUUUUAACUGGUAUGAUCCUCUACACGUUCAUUCAGUUCCAGUCAACGCCGGCGAUCAUCACCUCGGUCUUCAUCGGCCUCGGAAUCGUUUUCUGCGGCUGUGCCCUCGUCCACACUGUUUUCGUGUGGCAAAAGGAGAAGACGAAUGCAAUGAAGGCCAUCCGACGCGAGCAGUACGAGGCCGCGGCGCAAUUGCAACGCCAGCAGACACUCCAGGGCCAACAACAACAGCAACCGUCUCAACAGUCGCAGCACUCCCACGCUCAUCAACACCAGCAGCAACAACAACAACAGCAGCAGCAGCAGCAGCAGCAGCAACAGCAGCAACAUCAGCAACUGCAACAGCCGCUUCAUAACCAACACCAGCAUCACAAUCAACGCUCCCUCGCCCUGGUCAGCGGAUCAUACGGGACAGCUAGUCGACUCGCGAGCCACGAGCAAGUAUUACACCCCCGCCUCGCUCAGCAGCACCAGCUGCGCCAGCUCUCGUCACCGGGCAACUUGUCGCUGCGCGGUCAGCAGCAAUUGAUUCUUGGGCCGGCCUCGCCGCCCGCGACACCCGGUGAUCGCUCGCCGACGAGCCCCGCCAACAAGCACAAUCGGUCGCAGCAGUUGGUAAUGCGCGAGGCUGCCGGCAGCGUAAGUCCCGGUUUGCCCCCGGCGACCCUCGACCUCAGCAGCGCGGCUAACACCAACAGCCCGCACGAGUUGUCGACCCUUGUAUGAGCGAACCGCUGUCGCCCUCGUCUUCUACGCACCUUUUUCACACCUUUCCCACAUCCCCACCGACCGCGCAAUUUCUCGGGGACGAGCCUGACCUGACCGCCACUCCCGUCUCCAGAUAUUAUUAUUAUUAUUAUUAUUAUUAUUAUUAUUAUUAUUAUUAUUAUUAUUAUUACUUCGUUUCAGAUUGUUAUUUAUAUGUAUGUACCUUUUUAUUUCGUACUGUAAGCUCGAUCCGACACCCCCUUCCGCCCCACCUCCCAUCCCCCGGCGCCAUCCCAUCACCCACUCCCUUGUACACAUUUAAAGUGAGCACGAUGCCACUUCUCUCGGCCACGAGACGUCAAUAACAAUGAGAUAAAUUAUGAAAGUAUAUAAGCUGCUACCAUACAAGCCAUUUAAAGACUGAUCUGAAAUAUGCGAAACUCUAUACCUCUGAGAAUACUGCCACUUUUCCUUUAUUAAUGACUGUUGAUUAUACGAAACUCCAUCGACUAUCAUAACGAUUUCUUGCCCUAUCGUGUAUGUAAAUUUUCUUCUUUUCUUUCUUUCUUUCUUUCUUUCUCUCUUUAUCGAGUAACAAGUGCUUUCACGUAUGUUUUGUUAUUGAUAAAACGCUUGUUACAUUAAAUUUAAUGUUAUCAAAUAAAGAAUAUAGAAAUUUAACGAACUCGACGAGGUCGAAAUUUUACAAUUAUGUACAAAACCAAUAUUUGCGUAAUUGAGCGUGUCGAAAAUCAAUCUAUUUUAUCAUUUGUAUAAAAAUUUAUAAUUAAGAUUAUAUUGAAACAGUAAAGGCAAAUGUUAUGAAAUUUUACGAACAUUUUAUAAAAACGUUCAAGAGCAAAUUAAUUAAGUCGACAUUAAUUUGAGAAUGUGUGCUAAGUGAGCUUACUAGAUUGCUUACGUUGCACACAAUUAACAGUCUAUUUUUUUAAUACAAAUGUUGACUCGUGAAAAUCGGAUAAAA